AUGUUAGCAUUUCUUGCGUCUUAUUUAAGUGAUAAUAUUCUUGUAAUUGUUUGUCAACUUGUUGGAUCAUAUAUUCCACCAAUUUUAGGUGUUUAUUUGCUUGGAUUUUUUGCACCACGUGUAAACAGUCGAAAUGUACUUGUUGCAUUUUUAUUAAACGGACGAUUGCCAACAUCUAUUGAAGGAUGUUUGUCAGCAGCUAAUAUCACUCAACCCAUCACUACGAGUCAGAGUUCAAAUAAUCCAUUAUUACUACUUUAUUCAAUAUCUGUAAUGUGGUAUGCUUUCAAUGGUGUUUUUCUAACUGUUAUUCUCAGUUUACUUGGAACAUUUAUUUUUGGUAGAAUUGAUUUUAUAAAACAGAAUCAAUGUUCAUACGAAUAUUUAGGUUCAAAUAAUCCAAAAAUGGUAGAUAAAUCAUUACUGAAAUCUACAGAUGAGGUGCGUGAAUUAGAAAUGCAAACAACCGAACAAGAACGAAUGCUUUAA